UCGCGGCGACGUGUCCCGAGAGCGAGCAGAUCCACUGCGGGACGAGCGAUAGUUGCACGAGGAUCCGCUACAUCUGCGACGGAGACAACGACUGCGGCGACUAUUCUGACGAGGAGAGCGGCAUCUGCAGGGCUUGGCGCAAUGAGUACUGCGAGCGAGGCUCCGUCAGGUGUCGCAGGAUGGGAGACACCAACUGCGUCACCAUCAGCCGCUACUGCGAGAUUUCCGACCCGCCGUGUGAGGGGGACCUGGACAUGCGCCUGUGCCAGAUGUUGAGGGAAGAAAAGCUUCGUCCUCUUGAAGAGAUCGUCCUGCCGACAGAAGAAGCUGCUGUGAGACGCUCAAGCGUGGAGGAGGCCGAGAUUUUGGGAGAGGAAUUCCUUGAAAAGGUCAACACUAUCCUGCACCACCCCGACUGCCCUCAGUUCUACACCCGCGUCGGCGACCGGUGCCUGUCCGUUUUCUUCUUUGGAAAGGUCAACUGGGGGGAAGCUCGCUCCUUCUGCAAGACGAUUGGCGGCGACCUUCUCACCCUCCACGACGGCGCGAGAAGUUCCACGAGCUCGUCCACCUCCUUCGCGAACACCGUGAAUAUCACCACAGACUUCUGGGUGGGAGGAAGCUUGAGGAACGAGACGGAGGGCUGGUCAUGGGUCGAUGGUGCACACAUGGAACUGGGCACCCCCUACUGGACCAUCAGGUCUACCACCGACUGCCGACCUCGCACCUACUCAGUCGGAGUCAACUCUACUCGCGUGGCCAACGAGGGGGCCUGCUACCACUACCAGCAGGCGCCCCACACUCCCGCCGAAGGCCACUGCGCCGCCCUCAACUUCGAGAACUACUUCUACAUGAGCGACGAGAAGUGCCUGGAGCUGAAGAGUCCCUUUCCAUGUUUCUGUUUCAAAGUGUCAAGAGGUUGGAGGCGUAGAGUAGGUGGAAUGAAAGGAUUCUUGACUGGAGGGUUCAUUAGGAGAAGUAAAGGUGUGAUUCCACGAGAGGCCCGGGCCCCGGGUGCCGAGGCGGAACGUUGA